CAAAACCCUACAAUUGCGUCUAACAAAUAGUAAACGAUUCUUCCCUAAUAAAGAAGGAUAAUCAAAUUAUUCCCCAUAAUUAAAGCGGGCAGCUCACCUGCUCGUCACUUCUUUCACUUAUAUAAGCCCGUAUCGUGCACACAACACUCGUCACCCACAUCUGCGAAUCUCACUUGCUCCGAAACAGCAGCAAAUUAAGCACAAUGGGCGAGUGCACCGGUGAGGCCUACACUGUCAAGAUCACCGCCGAGGACCGAGUCUCCGCUGUCCUCCCUCUCCAAGAGCACUGGCUCCCUCUCUCCAACCUCGAUCUCCUCCUCCCUCCGCUGGACGUCGGCGUGUUCUUCUGCUACAAGAACGGCGAUACUCUCAGCCGAUAUCUUGACGAUUUUGAUGGAAUGGUGAGCGUUCUUAAGGCGUCGCUGGCGAAGGCGCUGGUGGCGUACUACCCGCUUGCGGGGGAGGUGGUGGCGAACUCAGCAGGAGAGCCGGAGGUGCUGUGUAAUAACAGAGGGGUGGAUUUUAUUGUGGCGAGUGCUGACGUGGACUUGGAGAGGUUGAAUUUGUAUAAUGCGGAUGAGAGCGUGGAGAAGAAGCUGGUGCCGGAGAAGAAGGGAGGAGUCAUCAGCGUGCAGGCGACCAAGCUCAAAUGCGGCGGCAUGGUUCUCGCCUGCACAUUCGAUCACCGCAUCGCCGACGCGUACUCCGCCAACAUGUUCCUAGUCCACUGGGCCAAAAUCUCAUCAACAACUUCCGGAGGCCCAAAGACCAAACGCCCUCUACCAACUGCCCCGUCAUUCCGCCGCUCCCUCCUCGGUUCCGGGGGGGAGGUGGACUUCGGGUGGGCGGGCCAGUGUUCGGGGUGUAUCACUUCCCGUGGGCGAGGUGGGGCUGGGUAUGUUAUGCCAAUGCCGAGUGCGAGAGGGGACGGGAGUUGGGUGGUUUAUGCGCAUUUGGGGAAGGAUUUGGUGGAUGCUUUGGAGGAGGAGGGCGGGGAUGUGUUUACUCCUUUGACUGCUGAGUUUGUUAUGGGUAGUCAUUAGGUUUCUUUCUGGUGUAUGUGUUUGAUUUCAAGCAUGUGGAAUGCGUAUCGUGUAGAUGUGAUGGUGGUUGUAUGAAAUGAUAUUCUGAGGUUGAAUUUGCUAAUUUGAUGGGGAAAUGAGGGGAUCUCCGUAUU